AUGCCCGGUAUCUUUCAUGUACCAUUUCCCUCCUUAAUCUUGGCGGGAUGUCUGUGCCUCUUUUUCUUCAGCCAUGAGGUGAACGGCUUGUCGUCUUCUUCCUCUUGGUUGUCCAUGACGACUGCUACCGGUAAAGCAAGUACUAUAAGUACUAGUAGUACAAAUGGACGAGUGGCAGUAGUGACAGGGUCCAGUCGAGGAAUUGGCCGUGGGAUUGCACUGGAGCUCGGAUCAGCGGGGUAUACCGUGUACUGUUUGGGUCGCAGCAGCAGCAGUAGUGGAUCGAAACCAGUGCCAGGCCAACGACCGGUUGCAGCAGGACUGGAUGUGACAGUGGAAUCAGCCGCGCAAGAAGUGACUCAACGAGGUGGCAUUGGACAUGCCGUGCCUUGUGACUUGAGUCGAGAUGGAGUCAUGGAAGAUUUUCUAGAAGAGCUUCAAAAAACGGAAGGACGAUUGGAUCUGCUGGUUUGUUCGGCAUAUUCCACACCCACGGCAGCUCAGUCACUUCGAGGAGAAUUCUGGAAACAAGGAAUGGACAUGUGGGAUGCCGUCAAUGGAUUGGGACUCAGACAAGUAUAUGCCGCUUGUCGGGCUGCAGCGCCUUUGCUGAUUGAUACCGCAAAUAAUCAAACCAAUGCUUCAUCAGACUCAGAUGCGCCUCCUCCACUCAUUUGCUUGGUCAGUUCCUUUGGCGGAAAAUCAUACACGUUCAAUGUCGCGUAUGGAAUUGGAAAAGCUGCCAUUGAUCGCAUGGCCACUGAUAUGUCCUAUCAAUUAGCCAAGUACGGAGUCGCAACCACAUCGUUGUAUCCUGGUCUCGUCAAGACCGAAGCCAAUCUACAAAUGCAGGUGGAUGGAACCUGGGAUGAAGCCAGUGGUAAUCUCGAUUUGAGUCAGGGAGAAUCACCCGAAUUUUCGGGACGGGCACUCGCACAAUUGGCCAGCUUGCCCAAAGAUCAAAUGAUGGAACGAUCGGGACAAGUAGAGGUUGUGGCCGAACUGGCCAAGGAAUUUGGAUUCACCGAUGUGGAUGGUACUCAGCUACCAUCCAUUCGCAGUUUGCGCUAUCUGUUGCCCAAUUUUGUAUUUCCACAAAUAGAAAAAGAAGCGGGGAAACCGGUGCCAGAUUGGUUGAAGAACAAUGUUCCCGAUAUCUUGUUGCCAUGGUCGACCUUCUCGUCGGGACCUCCACCGGAAAUGGAUACGCGAUAA